AUGUCGGUAUCAAGUAGUAAACAGCCUGGAAAUGAUGCCAAUGAUGCGAAUCUGUCAGUUAAAGGUGUCAGCCACUUGAUAAUUGUGCAGAUUAUAGCCAAGUUGCUCACUUUUGUUUUGAAUCAAUUGAUAAUCAGGUACUUAUCUCCAUCAAUUAUUGGCGUGACUACAUAUUUGGAAUUCAUUUGUUCGACAAUACUAUUUUUCAGUCGAGAAUCAAUCAGAUUGUCCGUGCAAAGAGUUCGCAACAAUCUGGAUAAUAAGGACUAUGUUGCUCAAAAGGUGGUUAAUUUUGGAAUUUUGGCAAUAGCAUUUGCAUUCCCUAUUUUCAUGGUUAUUGGGUAUUGGCAACUCAAUUACUCACUGGUUAUGGACAAGUUAUUUGUGUCACCAUUUUAUAAACCGGUUAUUGUCUUGUUUGUGGCCCUGGUUAUUUUGGAAUUGCUUGUUGAGCCUAUAUACUGUUUGUACCAAUUCCAAUUAGAUUUUGGUAAGCGGUCAAAGUUCGAAGGGUCGGCAAUUUUCGUUAAAUGUAUAGUUUCGGUUUUGUCGAUUUUACUUGCUAGACAAUAUUUUGUCGAUCAGAAGUUUGAAGGUGUGGCGAUUUGUGCCUUUGCCUUGGCUCAAUUCAGUUAUUCAUUAACUUUAUUUGCAUGUUACUUGAUGUCAUUUAGAUUUGAGUUUCAGAAUAAUAAGAUAAAUUACAACUUAGUGAAACUAAAAGACGAGAAUGCAAGAGAAUUUUAUUUUGAACAGGACACUUUAACUAUUGUCAAGGGGUUUUUUGUGCAAAUGAUCUUCAAACAAUUUCUAACGGAAGGUGAUAAAUUACUAAUCAGUCAUCUCUGCACAAUUGAGGAACAAGGUAUGUAUGCAGUUAUGGCCAAUUAUGGCUCCAUAAUAGCGAGAUUGUUGUUUCAACCGUUGGAGGAGUCAACUCGAUUAAUGUUCACCAAACUCUUAAAUGAGAAUACACGUUCCCAGGGGGAUGAGAAACCCCAAAAACUGGAAUCACAUAAGUGCAUGCAAACAUUUAAUUAUUUAAAGUUAAUAUCAAUCUUUUAUUUCAAUUUGAGUUUGAUUAUUUUGUUUGCAGGUGUCACUAGUGGUCCUUAUUUGCUAAAACUUUUAAUGGGCGGGAGAGCUUCAAACUGGGAAAGUACAGACAUAUUUAAGCUUUUCCCGCAAUAUGUUGUGUAUCUUCCGUUUCUUGCCUUUAAUGGAAUUUUGGAAGCUUUAUUUUCGAGCAUGGCAACUAAUUCAGACUUGAAGAACUUUUCAAAAUUUAUGACAUUAAUUACCAUCUUGGUGUUAAUAUUUCUGUACUUGCUUAUUGAUGUUUUGAAUUUAAGAAUAUCUGGUUUAAUUUUGGCAAACGUAUUCAACAUGAGUUCAAGAAUAGGGUAUUGUUACUUUAAGAUUUCAAAAUUCUAUUCGAAAGAAAAUGUGAAAGUCUCUUUUGUUGAUAUCGUCAGAUACAGCUGUCCAUCUAUUUUGAUUACCUCGAUAAUAUGGAUUAUUCAGCUUUUCAUAAUAGGAAAAAAUACCACUAAUUUUGUACAGUUAAUCCUAAAUGCUUGUUUUUCAUUUGUGUUGGUAAUAAUAUUGAUGGUUAUGGAAAGGAAAAACUCGAAAAAGCCGUUUGAAAAAGUCACAAAUAAGUUUAUGAAACCUAAAUUAGACUAG